AUGAGUUCUUAUGAAAACGCCAAAUCCAUUGCUGACUACCUCAGUGGCGUUGUUCCUCAGCUUCCAGAGAUUGGUAUCAUAUGCGGCUCUGGUUUAGGUGGCUUGGCUGAGUUGGUUACAGAGGCUACUGUUGUCAAGUACUCUGAUAUAAAAGGAUUUCCUAAAAGCACUGUCGUCGGGCAUCCUGGUAACCUUGUAUUUGGAAAACUUGCUGGUAAAGACGUCGUACUUAUGCAAGGACGAUUUCAUCCGUAUGAAGGCUAUGAGAUAUCUCAGGUCAUCCUUCCUAUACGCGUUAUGAAACUCCUCGGUGUUGAGACCCUAAUCGUUACUAAUGCUGCUGGUGGUUUAAAUCCCAAGUUUAACGUCGGUGACAUGAUGAUCAUCAAGGAUCACAUUAGCUUGCUUGGUUUAACCGGAAAAAACCCACUCGUUGGUCCAAAUGAGUCUCAUUUUGGGCCCAGGUUUCCAGCAUUGAAUGGUUUAUACACAAAAGAGCUGCGUGAACUGGCAAAGGGAUUAGCGAAGGAACUGAGUAUUGAACGAUACCUGCAAGAAGGUGUGUACAUUGCCCAGAUGGGUCCCUCCUACGAGACUCCAGCCGAGGCUCGCUUCCUGCGAAUGAUUGGUGCCGACGCAGUUGGAAUGAGUACCAUACACGAGACGGUCGUUGCAAAGCACGCGGGCAUGAAGAUUUUUGGCAUGUCUCUCAUCACCAACAACAUUGUGGUGGAUGAAGACAGUCAAGUUAACUGCAAUCACGAGGAAGUCCUUGAGACCAGUGCUAAGCGGGCGGAGAUAAUGAAAACCUUCGUGAAAAAGCUUGUUGAAAAGCUAUAG